ACUCCCAGAAGUGACUUUUCAGGUCAGAAGGAAAUAAAAGCCUUUUAUGAACUGAAAGCUAAAUAAGAUGAAUUGCUUCCAGACAGUGAAGGCCAGACAAAGAGGAAAUGGGGGUGACGGCAGCAGGCCCGGGCUCUGCUCAGACCCCCAGGGGUGGCCAGAUGUGGGACCGGAAAUGACUGACCACCACAGGAGGGACCUGGGGAGCCCGAGCAAGAAGCACCUGGAGUGAGUUCUUAUGGAGGUUGGAUGAUGUCCUAGAGGAACUUGUACCUGGGCAGGGAGGGCCCUGUCUUCCCCACAGAGAGGGCGCCUGUCCAUGGGAAUGUGUGAGACCUACAGGACCAACCCUGGGUGGCAACAAGAAUCAGUAACACAAGUGGCCCAGCUCAGUUACACCUCCUGCCACUUGGGAACCUCUCACCACUUCCCACUUCAGGCUGGCAACAGCAAAGUGUGUGGCUUUGUUACUGCAUGCACUUUGCAGAGUCAGGAGAAUUCUGGAUUGGGUAGUGGUGAAUCACAAGUCACUGUGGGUUGUAAUUUAGAGACUCUGAGACCACUGGGGCCCUUGUGAAAAUUCAGAGUCCCAGGUUUCACCCCCAGUAAGCUUGGAGCAGGGCCUAGGAACCAGCAAUGAACACAAUCAGGCAUUUCUGCUGCCACGUUUCUUUCUUUCUUUCUUUCUUUUUGGUCUUUUUAGGGCUGCACCCACGGCCUAUGGAGGUUCCCAGGCUAGGAGUCAAAUAAGACCUGUAGCCACAGGCUUAUGCCACAGCCAUGUUUCCAUGUGUCUCUGUAGAGUCAAUAUUGCUUCCCAAGACUAAACCGCACUUCUGCUAAUUCCUUUAGACAUAGGCUGAAUCCAGAAAGAGAUGAGCAGGUGGGUUUACAUAAAGACAACACUUUUUCUUUUCCCACUGUCCAACUUCCCAGCCAGCCUGAACUACAGGCAACCUGCCAUAUCUCUGCUUACAAGAACUCUCAGGGUCACACCAACCAGUCUUCUGUGUCAGGCUUUGUUCAUGCAACUCUGACUUCUCUAACUUGGUCAAAAAGGAGGAAGUUCUCUAAGUGAUUUACCACCCGGGUUCCACCAAGCCUCCCUCGUCCUCCUCUUGAUUUCAUUCAGGAGAAUGUGGAGCCAUCUGAACAAACUAUUCUUUGGGGGCAUUUUGCCUUCUGUCGCAUUUAAGGCGUCCUUACCAUUCUGAAGCUUGAACCUCCAAAUCGAAACACCAUGUGGAAAAAGAGUCUUCUCAUGUUCCUUUUCUCUCUUCCAGUUCAAAAGGCUGCACUGGAUUGUGAGAGGAUGAGAAAAACAAAUGAAUUCUCUUCUCCAAACCUGGAAUCAAAAACGCAUGAAGUCAUGAGGGGUCAAAAUGUAUCUCUAUUUUGUUCCCAUAAGAACAAUUCGCUAGAAAUCACAUAUAAUUUGUUUCUGGGUGGGAAAAAUCUGGGAUGCCAUGAUAGAAAAGGUGAACCUGCAACUUUUAACCUAACGAUCUCAGAAGCCCGUGAUUUGGGCCCCUACAAAUGCAAAGCCCAAGUUUCUAACUGUUCAAAAUAUAGUUAUGAGUUCAACUUCACAUUUGUGGACCCAGUGGCUGCACCAGUGCUCAACAUUAGCGUCAUUCAAACAAAAACAGACCAAUAUAUAAUGCUACACUGCAUCUCAUUCAACGGCUCUCUGCCCAUCAAUUAUACUUUCUUUGAAGAAAACAUCACCAUAUCACCAACUAUUUCCAAGGAUGUAAGAGAACCUGCUGAAUUUAACUUAACCAAGAGUAACACUGGAGAAGGGAAAGAAUAUAGGUGUGAAGCUAAAAACAGAUUGCCAAACCAUGCAAAAUACAGUCAAUUUGUCACCAUACCCUUAAUAGGUGGAGACAGCUGUCCUUUCUGCCUGCAGCUCCUGCUUCCGGGGUUAUUAUUACUGGUCCUAAUAGUAAUAAUUCUAGUUCUGGCAUUUUGGAUGCUACCAAAGUACAAAGCAAGAAAAGCUAUGAAAGAAAAUAAAUCCAGAGUCUAUGAAAAUACGUCCAUGGAAGCUGGAAUAUAUGCAAAUAUCUGUAGUAAGCAAGAAGAUGAGGAAUCAGUGCCUGACUUAGAAUCAAGACAAUGUGUUCCCAUAGCCCAAGACGAGACUGAAGGCUCCCAGGAGAUACAUUAUGCCACCCCCGCGUUUCAGGCUGUGGCACCAAGAGAUUGGGAAGCCUCUAAUGAUUAUAAAACUGACUAUGUCUAUACUGAACUCAACUUCUGAGAUUUAAAGAUACAGUCUACAUCUCAUGCCUUGAAGGCAGAGCCUGAGAAGAGGCCUCCUGUGGAACAGAGGGACACCAGGGAACAGGCAUGAACAGCUGGAGGAAAAGCCAGAACAAGGGCGAAAGGUUGACUUGGGCAUCACUGUGAGCCACUGGGUUCUGAUCCCACUGGAAUGUCUGAGGCGUGAAAAUGUCUCAGAAUUGUCCGCUUGAUGAUGGACAGCGAGAAGCAUUUAUCCAUCGGUUGCCAUGCCCCACUGGUUGAGGGUUGCCCCAGGAGGGGAUGCUUCCCCCACUUCUAGGCUGGGCAUGCUAAGUGGGGCGUCCACUGGCCUCUCACCCAGGGCACUGGAAAGCCCCAAGGCAGAAAUGAGUGGUAUAUGUUGUACACAGGAAGCAAGUCACUGUCAACACAAACUGAGGGAGGCUUCAGAUGCAGCUGGAAUCAGAGGUGAGACCCAGAAGAUGUGACUGGGGGCUGUUUGUCAUCUCUCAACAGUUCCUUUAGGACAACUAGAACACUAACAGCAAUAAUAACUGCCAAGGGUUGCACACAUACCCAGUUGCAGGCGAUCAGUGUUUUGUGACUUAUUUUCACAUUGUCCUCACAACACCCUCCUCACUCAACUCUGACUCUACGUGGAGUUGAGUGAGUUGUCUGCCUGCACCUACUCCUUGCACAGACAUGGAAGCUCCCCCCAUGCCUUCUAAACUGAAUUGUUUAGGAGGGGAAGAAGAGGAAGAGGAUCUGUUGAGUUUUCAUUUCAGCACUUAUACUUUUUUCAUGUCUUGAAGUUUCACCUUGGCUCUUUUUCAAAUUUACAUAUUCUUUAAAUUUUUGUUGUUGUAAAAGAGAGCACAUAUGAUAUGAAAAUGCAUAAAAUAUAUAUCUACAGUUUAGUAAAUUAUACCAAGUAAAUACUACUGGUAGAAUGUUGCCAGCACCCCAGAAGCCCUCUGCAUGAUUUACCCCAAUUACAACCCCACCUCCCCAACUUUACUCUUUUUUUCAUUUUGGCUGCACCCACGGCAUUCAUAUGUUCAUAGGUUCCCAGGCUGAGGAUCAAACCCAAGCCGCAGCUGUGACCUACAUUACAUCUGUGGCAACGCCUGAUCCUUAACCCACUCUGCUGGGCCGGGGAUCAAACCCAUGCCAACAGAGAGAAAACACCAGAUCCUUAACCCACUGAGCCACAGUGGGAACUCCUAACUUAACUGCUGUUUUCUGGGAAUUACAUCUUUACUUUUUUUUAACUUUUUAUUACUCAAAUGAAUUUAUCACAUCUGUAGUUGUAUAAUGAUCAUAACAAUCUGAUUUCACAGGAUUUCCAACAUCUUUACUUUUCUUUAUAGUUUUAUCACCUAAGUAUGUAUUCACAGGUAUCGUUGUUAGUUUUGGCUGGGUUUCCCCACACACACACCUGCGGCAUGUGGAAGUUCUAGAGCUAGGGAUCGAAUUGGCGCCACAGCAGUGACCAAGAUGCUGCAGUGACAACACUGGAUCCUUAACCUGCUGCGCACAAGCGAACUCCAGUAUUGCCUGCUUUUAAAUUUAAUAUAAAUGGAAUCAUACAGUAUUUAUCCGUGUCUGGCUCUUU